AUGACCCAUCCCCGACUUGUUUCCGCAAAGGAGGUUCGUGUCGAACAGCCCACCGUACUCGAGCAGGCCAAACCCAUCAUCUCACCACUCGAACGCCUUCGGAGAGCUGACCAGCGAAUUUUCAAUGCCCUGGCCGAGAAACAAGCAAUCUUGGCUCAAUUUCUCCCGGGAGAAAAGUUAAUAAAGAAAGAGGAGCUGGACAAGUUGGCGGAAAUGUUGAGCAGCGUGGCUGAGAUGGACUUGAAAAAUUUGGACUCAAAAGCGCUGUAUAUGGCCUCGAUUGUUCACGGAAAUCGAUUGCUGGACGCGAUAAAUCAAGAAAUGGUUUCGCCAAAGCCGGAUGACGGUGAUCCUACGUUAAAUGCUUUGAAGGCUGCGGAGAAGAAUUUGCCUUCGGUUCCUUGUUACAAAUUGACAGCGAUUGUGGCUCCACUAUUGAACACGAUACGGGCACAAAUGGCACAAAGCCAAGAAAGAGCUGCCGAGCUUCAUCCGGCUGGAUUAAGCGUAUCAGAGGAAACGCUCACUGAAGUCAGCUCCCUCCAAACUGACCCUUCCGAACGAAAGCUUGUCACGAGAAGAUUAUUACCAACUAAUAUCCCUCCCCAACCCCCGCCACCCACUUCGCUACCACCUCCUGAG